UAGCACGCAGCAGUACCAGCACACGCACCCAUGGCCCCCUCACUAAACACCACGCCGAUGUUGCCAUGGCGUCGACCUUCGACUCCCCUAAGAGUCUCUGAAAGGGUAUCUCCUUUUUUGUAUGCAUCUUGCAUCCCCUUGAUGACUUGAUGGCACACUUGCGCCGCUUGCUCACCCUUCCCAUUUCAAAACUUGAAAAUUGGUUCUCCACCUCGCCCGCUCUCGAUCUCUUCUGCGAUUCCACCUUAUAUAUAGCCACCUAUAGCAGCUCCUCUCGUCCUACUCCCCUCCCUAAAACCAAAUCGUCGUCGCCGCCGUCGUCUCUGCACCAUCUCAAUCUCGCUUCAUUUUUGCCCCCCUUCCCUUCGUCGUCGUCUGUCGAGCUCUAGCCGCCCUCCCUCCCUCUCUUUCUGUCCACAGUUCGUCCACACCGGCAUCAAUCAAUGGGGGAGAACAACGGCGUGAGCACGUCGACCGUGCCGCCGGCGCGCGGGGGCUCGCACGCGGCGGCGCCGACGACGACGCGGCCCAAGAUAAGGAUCAUCCACAUCAUCGCGCCGGAGAUCAUCAAGACCGACGUCGCCAACUUCCGGGACCUCGUGCAGCGGCUCACCGGCAAACCCGCCUGUACCAGCACAGAGGCGACAACAGCGCCGCCGGUACAAGAGGAGAAGGAGGCGACGACCAAGAAGAGGCCGGCGCCGGCUACUGCGGUGACGACGGAGAGGAGCGAUUUCGCAGUUCAACAAGAGCCCAGCAAGAAGAGGAAGAUCAAGUGCGAGGUGAAGGUGGAGGAAGGAGGCUUCGGCGACUACUACGACCUUGAUCGCAGCGACCUGUGGAUGGAUCUCAACCCGGGAGGCUUCCUGAGCUUCUUGGAGGAGGAGGCCGACGUCUUCCAGGGCCUGGCUGCCGCUGAUGACUUCCUGCUGCCUCUCGGCUCCUCGAGGCUGGAUUUGGUUGGUGAAAUGUACGCGUCUUGAUUCGUAUACAUCUAGAGAGCUCUGAAUUCUUGCGUAUUUGUUCCUUUUUGUGCCGUGAGGAUUUUGCACUUUGGUCGAGAACCCGGCCGGUUGAAUUACUUGUGUUUCUUUUUGUUUAUUAGAUGAGCACGUUAGUGCUGGAAGUUCUUGCACCCCGAUGAUGUGAAUGUAAGGGGAUCGCAUAGAGUAAGGAUUGGUCAUUUGCGUGCUCACAUUUCUGAUAGUGAACGGAAGCAAAUGUGAGCACCCAAAUGACCAAUGCAAGUGGAUGAAAUCAGAACAGUGAUGCCAGUAAUGAUGUGUAUGUAAGGGUCACUGGAUGGUGAAAUCAUACAAGGAUUGAUCA